ACAUGAUUUGGCUUGUGGCUUUUCUGUCGUGUGUCGGGCUGAUUUGUGCUGAGGCACCCUUCAACCACAAUGUGCACAAUCAGAGGGUCAUAGGUGGCCAUGAUGCCAAACCCAACACCUGGAGAUGGCAGGUCUCUCUCCAGUUUGACUCAUACAAUGACGGGUCAUACUACCACAUGUGUGGAGGCACUAUUGUUGAUAGUUUCUUCGUCGUAACUGCAGCUCACUGUAUUCUCAGCACUGAUGUCAGUCUGUAUCGUGUGGUGGUGGGUGAGUAUAACCUGUACGAGUAUGACGGCAGUGAACAGUUCAUCCGCAUGGAGAAGAUUAUCAUCCACCCUGACUGGAAUGGAGAUCUUGGCAAAGGAAAUGACAUUGCUCUCUUGAGACUGGCUAAUCCUGUGUACGACAAUGGCUACGUGGCUAUCGCUGACCUCCCCUACCCUGGCCAGAUGCUGCCUCAUGGUUUCACCUGUUACAUCACCGGUUGGGGGCUGAUGGACUAUGGAGGGAGUGUCCCUGCCAUUCUACAGCAGGCUCCCAUCAAUGUGGUGGAGCAUUCAGUCUGCUCCCAGCCUAACUGGUGGGGCAGCAUUGCUCUGAGAACCAUGGUUUGUGCUGGAGGGGAUGGAAUCAUAUCAGGCUGCCAGGGCGACUCUGGAGGUCCACUGAGCUGCUUCACUGACGGAGCUUGGAGAGUCCAUGGUGUUGUCAGUUAUGGUCCAUCGGGCUGGUGCAACCAAGUGUCCAAACCCACCGUCUUCACCAGGGUGUCUUCAUUCCAAGACUGGAUCUAUUCGGUUAUUCAGAGUCAUUAGAUGAUACGGUGGUUUGCCCAUCAAAUGGAACCUGAGAAAUAAAAUUCAUAGUUGAGCA